AUGUCUUUCAUCCGCGACAGACUCAGUGGCUACAAAGCCCGCCACUUUCACCUGCGCCUACCAGGCGAGAGCUCCAUCUGGAUCAACGAUGACAUCCGUCCCUUGCCACCUUCCCGACGGCUUUGGGACAUGUGGGCGUACAUCUCCUUCUGGGCAAUCAACCAGAUCGCCCUUAGCAACUGGCAGUUGGGUGCAGCCCUCGUCGGAGUCGGCCUGUCGGUCUGGCAAACGAUGAUUGCCACAAUCAUCGGAAAGAUCAUAAUCGCUAUGGUUGCAGUGUGUAACGGCUCCAUCGGCGCACGCUGGCAUAUCGGAUUUCCCGUGCUGAGCCGAUCCAUCUGGGGUGUCUACGGCGCUUAUUUCAUCAUCGUUCAGCGCAUCAUACUCAGCUUGACUUGGUUCGCAGUGCAGUCAUGGACCGGCGGCCUCUGCGUCUCUGCAGUACUCAGCUCGAUCUUCUCAUCGUACCAGAAUAUGGAGAAUACCCUGCCAGCCGCAGCCAAUACUACCACCAAAAACCUAACGGGCUGGAUUGUGUAUAACAUCAUCACCAUUCCGAUGCUAUACAUUCCUCCGGAGAAGACCCGCCGCCUACUAUUCGCCAUGAAUACCAUCUCUGUUGUCACCCUGAUCUCCAUGAUGAUCUACGUCCUCAGCGCUGCCAAGGGCGCUGGUCCGCUCCUUUCCGCUCCAGCAAAGGCUCAGUCAGGCAGUCAGCUUGGUUGGGCCAUUGUGCAAGGUAUCACAAUCACCAUAGGAGGUAUCGCUGUGGGCCUUACGAACCAGGCCGAUUACUCGCGUUUCGCUCGCAGGCCUGGUGACCAAGUGUUUGGUCAAUGGUUCUCCAUCACUACAUUGGGCACGAUCUUGCCAUUGUUCGGCUGCCUCACCAGCUCAGCCACGGUCGGACUGUACGGCGAAGCCUACUGGAACCCUCCUGACUUGCUCCUCAAGUGGCUUGACGACACAUACAGCUCCAAGUGUCGCGCCGCCGUCUUCUUCGCCGGUUGUGGUCUCGUUACCUGUCAGCUGGCUAUCAACACCAUCGACAAUGCGUUUUCGGCUGGUAUGGAUCUAGCUGGACUGUUCCCGAAGUUCUUCAACAUCCGACGUGGCGCAUACUUUGCCCUAGUUCUAUCUAUCGCCAUGUGUCCAUGGGAGCUUCUUUCGUCCGCCAGCACAUUCAUCUCCGUCAUGGGUGCUUACAGCGUCUUCCUUGGGCCCAUGUGCGGCAUUCAGAUCUGCGAUUACUUCUUCAUCAAGAAGCAGCGUGUCAAGCUCUCGGACCUUUACCGACCAUCAUCAGAAGGAAUCUACUACUACGUUGCUGGAAUCAACCCUCGCGCCUUCUGCGCAUGGGUCGUUGGCUGGGCGUCCCAGCUGCCCGGGUUUAUUGCAACUGUCAAUACCACCAUCACCAUCCCGAAAGCUCUCAUGGAACUGUACUAUCUAGCUUUUCCCUUGGGCCUGGUGAUCAGCUUCGUGGUCUACUACGGGCUGUGCACAGUGUUCCCGCCCAGAGGAGCUGGCGAAUUCGACGAUGUCGAUUACUACCAGACUUUCACUGAAGGCGAGGCCGCCAAGUUGGGUGUUGCCCUGCUUGAGGAUAGCGAGGAGGUCAAGGUUGACGGGCAUCGGGCGGAGACUCCCACGGACGAGAAGACGGCAGAGGGAAAGGUCGUCGGGGUGUGA